UUUAUAUUUUUUUGUAAAGUGUUCAACGUUUUAUAUUAUAUUAACAUGUAUUAUAACACUAUGCUGAUUUAUUUCAUAGCCUGUAUUAUUUUAUGGUCAACUGCAGCACCAACUGAGAAGAAAAUCGAUCAUACCGAACAAUUGGUCAGCGACAUAAGCAACCUCUAUCUAAGCGAAAGUUUUUCAGAUGUUGAUUUAAGCGACGGGCUUUCAGAUGUCGAUUUGGUUGUAAAAGGAAAACAAUUGUCCGCCCAUCGUAUUAUAUUAGCUUCACGCAGCGAAUAUUUUAGGAAGUCAUUUAAUGGAAUCCCUAAAAAACCUGGUCGAGUCGUAUUGGAAAUUAAUGAAGCCCCAUUAACCAUAUUUAAAAUAUUUCUUGAAUACUUUUAUACUGGUCGAAUGAAAUUAAGUGAUCUAAAGGGUAUAGAUGUUACCGAAUUACUUAGAAUUUCGGAUUUAUUUAGUUUUUCAAACUUAACAUAUUCACUACGCGAGUAUUUGGUAAAUAACAUUAAAUUACAAAAAAAGAAUGUAAUCGACCAUACUCAAUUCUUGGUCAGCGACAUAAGCAACCUAUACCUAAGCAACAGGUUUUCAGAUGUUAUUUUGGUUGUAGAGGGAGAAAAAUUGCCCGUCCAUCGUAUUGUAUUAGCCUCGCGCAGCGAAUAUUUUAGGAGAGCAUUUUAUGGAGGCCAUAAAGAAACUUAUCAGGAUAUGAUGGAAAUUAAUGAAGUCCUAGUCUCCAUAUUUAAAAUACUGCUUGAAUAUAUUUAUACUGGUCAUAUAAAUUUCACUGGUCUAAAGGUUGAAGAGGUUUUGGAACUAAUAAGGAUUUCAGAUUUAUUUCAUGUUUUAACCUUAAAUACGUCACUAAACGAGUAUUUGAAAAAAGACAUUGAAGUAGACAAUGUUUGUUCGUACUUUAAUAUGACUCGACUUUACCAAUGCACGCAGCAAGAAGUCGAAUCUCUUAACUUUAUAGAAAACAACGCUUUGAGAGUAUUGCAGUCUGAAGAUUUUCUCUCAUUGUCAUCCGUAAUGACUUUGUUUUAA